UCUGAACAAAGUCUCCUACGUCUCAAUCACCAUAGCCACCUUCAUCCUUCUCUUUCUCUUCCUCCAGACCCCUUCCACCUGCGUGGACCCCACAACCAUCCCCCAACACCCCCAGUCCCUGUCCAAACGGGCCCACCAGAAAUCCUUCCCGACAUCAACCUGCGACUACACCCACCGGGCCUAUACCUCCCUGGACAAGAAAAACAAGAAGUUAUGGAAUUCUAAGGCCUGGGUUCAGACGGUUUCAUCCUAUAAAUCCCUCUUUUCAUCGUCUCUCCAAGGCCCGGUAAGGACUCACCUCUUCAACCAUUCUCGGGCCCUGGUCGUUUCGGCCGGGCCGGGCCAUGGGGUUAUGGCGUUGGAGGAAAUGGGAGUAGCUGAUGUUACUGGGGUGGAGUUGGUGGACUCUCCUCCUCUUGUUAGCCGGGCUGAUCCGCAUAAUUUGCCGUUUUUCGAUAAUGUGUUUGAUUUCGGGUUUUCUGGGUACCUUGAUCGGGCCCUGUUCCCGGACCGAUAUGUUGCGGAGAUGGAGAGGACUGUGAGGAGUGGGGGAGUCUGUAUGGUGGCUGUCGAGGAGUGUGGAGAUCAAGAAGUGAGGGAAAUUGUUAAGUUGUUUAGGAAAUCUGCGUUGGUUGAUGUUAAAAAUGUGAGGUUGGCUGGGGAACGUAGGACUAGGAUUAUUAUGAGAGUUGAAUGAAAAAUGAUUCCUUUGCUAUCUUUUUUCUUAUUUUCGUAGUUGGUUUGAAGUAAUCUGAAUUAGGUUUGGUUUGUUUACUGAUAGGUUAAUUCAUUUUGGAGCUAGAAUUAAUCAUGUAAUGGUUUUUUGUUGUUGAUUGUACAUGUAUGUAUCUUAUGUGAAGUGGAUUUAGUGGAAUGGUUGAGACUUGCAACUCUUACACGGCAUUCUGAUGUGUAGAAGUAUCCAUGUAGUUAUGAAGGAUCUUUAUGUAACAAAAGUUAUCUGAGAAGAGUUUUAUUUGUUAUAGUUAUAUGAGUCUGAUGCAUUGCUUGUAAAGAUUUAUGUACUACUGGAAGUUUGAAAUUUUGAUUUAGUGCAAUGAUGAAUCUGCAAAGUUGUCUGGAUAUGGACUUGGAGGAGUUCGAAUAUGUAUGGUAAUCUAGGAAGUGAAUGGUGUAAGAUUUUGAUUCUACUGUAUACUAUGUGAGUUGAAUUGGUGUUUGUUCCAGUUGAUUAUAUACACUUGAAGAAAUCUCUGAAUUGCAAAUGAAAUGCUACCUCAGAAUUGCAUUAGUUAGUGCAUACCAUAUUGUAUGCUAAUCCUGAAUGUUUAUUGUCAGCGAACCUUGAGUGAGUUAUGUGUCCCUUAUACACUGCCUUUUGGUUGUGGAAUGAAUUUCUGAUGUAUUCACAUUACUCUGUCCUGGAAAUUUUAUUUGGGAAGUUCUUCCAAAAAUGAAGGUGAAGGAUGUAAGUAGGGUUCUUGAACUUUGCUUCUCAAACCAUAGCUUCAGAAGAACCUAAGAAUAGUCUACUUAAAAGAGAUGAGUGCAGCUUGUUUUUAGUGGUUUACGUUACCAAGUAAAAUAGCACAUUUUUCUGGGAACAUAGUUUUACUCAAGGUUGCCAAUGUAGCAAACCUGCGUCCAACAAUGAUGCCACAGGUCAACUUGUAAACUUAAUUCUGUUAGUUGUGAUGUGUCUGCAUAUUGUAGUUCAAUUUUUGAAGAAAAAAUGACAAGCCUUUGGAAAAAUGGCUGCUAGUGCCUUUCUUUAGAACUCUGAAUCAUAUCGGUGACUGGUGAUGCAAAAAUUCAGUUGAACAGACUUUAUGUAUAUAACUGCUGACGCCUACAUUAGGACUAAAUGUUGGGCUGUCAAAAUUGAGUCUCUUCAUAAUUGACUUUCCUAACAGAGCUAGAGGUGGCAAGUUUUCCCUUAUAGAUUCACUAGCAUCGGAGGUUAUCCAUGGCUUUGCAGUAUUCAUUAGUUGCAGGACUUUUCUUCUGCUACUUUCAGUGAUCCUCUGUAUUCGUUCUUAAGUUUCCAAGAUAGCAAAGUUUAAGAUGGCAUAGGAAAUGGAGCCUGCUCGCGUUCAUUGGAUUUGUCAGAUAUGACAUGCCUUUUAACUCAUUUUAUGCUUUUUUCCCAUCAAAGAAAAGAUCGGGUGCCUAUUCUGGAACUCAAUGGCAGAAUGGUAGAGAUACCGAACUUCAACCAUUGAUGGUGCCUAUCCGGAUGGUGCUGCCUACUUUCAUAUCUGGUCUCCUAUGAAAAGAACCAACAUAGUCAAGAUAAGAGCAAUCCCUGAACGUUCCUGUACUCAGAUGAUCGUAAUCACUGUGCUUCUUUAUGAAUCUUGGAAGCUAGACAGAAAACAGAGGCAGCGACAUGGUGUAGUUGGAGGCUUGUAUAUUGGGGGCGGUGGUAGGUGAAGCUUGAGCUGUAUUCUAGUUCCUUUUGCAGUCACAAGCUCCAUUUCAUGUUGUCUGCUGUUAUUUCUUCGCAAGGAGCAUGAACCGCUUGCAGGUGAGAGUGAGAGAAAUGAGUCUGCUUUUGUGUGUACAUGCUAUCAUGAUUGGAAACUCGACUCGAGUUCUUUGAUAAAGGCCCUAAUUGAGCAACCUAGAUUGAAGUUUGUCUCGUUUAUGUUAUCAUGGAUAAAGUCCUAAAUGAGCAACCUAAGUCGAAUUUUGUCUCCUUUAUUUGACUUGCUCAAAGUAAUUUCGAAGGCGUUUACACUUCUUUAAAGAAUCACCACCAGCCAAAAACCUUAGCGAAAUUGAAUGUAUAGCCAGAAUGGCUCUGCAGCACCGAUAAAACCUCCCCUAAUUACAGUACAAGUCAAACUGGACUAACUAAAAACACAAGGAUUUGAAACUCCUAAUUCCUAUACUUCUAACAAUAGAAAUGACUGAAAAGAAAAUCAGGACCCGAAUUUUACUACUUAAAUAAACUCUUACUAGGCCAGAUCCAGAGGAGGCAUAUCCAUAUGGCCUUAAGCCAGUCUCUCUUGAGAGCAAUCCCAACCUGUUCAUUCCUCUCUCUAUCCUCUUCUCUUCCCUCCACUUUGCGACGGCUAUAUGCUAGCCCGUUCAAGCUAUUUGAAUUUCCCGCGUCUAAAUUCUCAUGUCUCGGUUACUGCUAUUCGUCAUUGCCUCUCACUCUUGACCACAACUUUGACAAUAACAACAAUCUAUAUUACACAUUUGAACCUGAGGCCUACUACACAUCCCUUCUGUCGAAAUCUACCCACAAGUCUUUUUUAAACCAAAUCAAUGCCCAACUAUUCACAUUUGGGCUCCAGAACAAUGGGUACAUCAUCACCAAGUUCAUUCAUGUGAGCUCUAAUAUCGGGGAAAUCAUUUAUGCCCGGAAGAUAUUUGAUGAAUUUUCUGACCCAUAUGUGUUCUUGUGGAAUGCAAUUAUUAGAGGCUAUUCCAGCCACAACAUGUUCCAUGAAGCUAUUGAUAUGUAUAACAAUAUGCAAGAGGCAUAUGUCAGUCCUGAUUGUUUCACGUUCCCUCAUGUGCUUAAAGCUUGUAGUGGAUUAUCGGCUGUCAAAUAUGGUCAAGCUGUACAUGCUCAAGCGUUUAGACAUGGGUUGGAAUCAGAUGUGUUUGUGCAAAAUGGGCUAGUCACACUGUAUACAAAAUGUAGGAAGAUUGAGCUGGCUCGCAUUAUUUUCGAUCGAUUGGUUGAAAGAAAUAUAGUUUCUUGGACUUCUAUUAUUUCUGGCUGUGCGCAGAAUGGACAGCCUAUUGAGGCUUUGAGAAUUUUUUGUGAAAUGAGGAAAUUGAAUGUGGAACCUGAUUGGAUUGUAUUGGUAAGUGUUCUAAGGGCUUAUAGUGAUGCUGAGGACUUGGAACAAGGUAAAUGUGUUCACAGUUUGGUGAUGAAAAUGGGACUUGAAUAUGAACCAGACUUGCUUAUAGCACUUACAGCUAUGUACUCAAAAUGUGGGCAGAUCAUGGUGGCUAAACUGUUGUUUGACCUAAUGGAGGUCCAGGAUGUUAUUUUGUGGAAUGUCAUGAUUUCAGGGUUUGCUAAAAAUGGUCAUGCUAGCAAAGCUGUAGAGCUUUUCCAAAAGAUGUUGAUGAGAAACAUUAGACCAGAUUCAGUGACAGUACAGUCCACAAUAUUGGCUUGUGCUCACGUAGGAUCACUUGAUCAAGCAAGAUGGAUGGACAAUUAUGUAUAUAACAGCAAGUUUAGAGAUGAUAUCUGUGUGAAGACAGCUCUUAUUGACAUGUAUGCCAAAAGUGGAAGUGUAGAAUUAGCUCGAAAAGUGUUUGAUCAGUCAAUACACAGAGAUGUUGUCCUAUGGAGUGCAAUGAUAGUAGGUUAUGGAUUGCAUGGGCGGGCCCGAGAAGCCAUUGAUCUUUUUACUAUGAUGAAGAGUGCAGGUGUGCACCCUAACGAUGUAACUUUCAUUGGGCUUCUUACUGCAUGUAAUCAUUCUGGUCUAGUGAAGGAGGGAUGGGAACUUUUCCACAGCAUGAGACUUUAUGGGAUUGAGCCACGGCACCAACAUUAUGCUUGUGUUGUUGACUUACUUGGCCGUUCUGGACAUCUGGAGAAGGCUUACAAUUUUAUCCAGAAUAUGCCAAUUGAACCAGCUGUCUCAAUUUGGGGAGCACUAUUGAGUGCGUGCAAAAUCCACCGCCAUGUGAAACUGGGAGAAUAUGCUGCAGAGAAACUCUUUUCUUUAGACCCACUGAAUACCGGGCACUAUGUGCAACUAUCAAAUUUGUAUGCUUCAACACGCAUGUGGGAGGGAGUAGCAAAGGUACGAGUAUUGAUGAAGGAGAAAGGUUUAACUAAGGACCUUGGGUAUAGUAUGAUUGAAGUAAAUGGAAAGCUUCAAGCAUUCCGAAUGGGUGACAAGUCUCAUCCAAGGUCAGAGGACAUCUAUAAGGAGCUUGAGAUAUUGGAGAGGAAGUUAAUGGAGGCAGGAUUUGUUCCAGAUGCAGAAUCUGCUUUGCAUGAUCUGGACACUGAAGACAAACAGGUGUCUUUAUGUAAUCACAGUGAGAGAUUAGCCAUUGCCUAUGGGUUAAUUAGCACUCCACCUGGGACAACACUAAGGAUUACAAAGAAUCUAAGGGCAUGCGUAAAUUGUCAUUCAGCAACUAAGCUGAUAACAAAACUUGUGAACAGGGAGAUAGUAGUUCGGGAUGCAAACCGAUUUCAUCAUUUCAAGGAUGGAUUUUGUUCUUGUGGAGAUUUUUGGUGAGAUGGCUACAACUAGCUUUCUGAUUAUACUCAGCAGAAUACCUACCCAGAAAGCUCGGCUGUUCUUUGUCCAUGUACUUUACAGUACAUCAGAACAUGAUCAGGAGGCUUGUUUUCGUUCUUGGCAAACUGAUAGCCCCCACAAAAAUCUGAAAAGGUUUUCACUGGAUUUACCAAAAAGACAAACGUCAGAGAGUUUGUGCUUUGUAGUGCCUUUUCGCACAUUGGCCGGCUCCAUCAGUCUGUGUGCCAAAAAGUCCUCUGCUGCUGUUCACACCUUGAAGGAAUCCAACACAGAUUCAAACUAUCAGGUUCUUCCACUCUCUUAGAUCCGAGUGCAGGCUUGGUUUGCCUAGCUAAAAAGUCUCAAUUGACCAGCCAGUGCCUAUUGAAAUUUCGGCCUCUCAGCAGGAUAGUCCUUGCAUCUUGUCUACACUAUGUGCAUAGACAUCUAAAGAACGUAUAAGGUAAGUCCAUGGUGAAAUGGCUCCAUUAAUCCACCUAAUACUGAUUUAGAUGCGAUAAAAGUUACAUUUCAUUUGAGAGGUAGAGCCAAUACGGCUGGGAGAGAGAGCUUAAAAUUAGGACGCGAGUGUCAUAGUGCGGAGUGUGACGGAGCCACCCUCCAAAUAGACUAGACCUUUUAUGAAGGACUUCUAAUCUCCCAGAAUUUAGUUGUCACAGUUGGGAAUCUCAAUCUUUCUUCUUUCAUUUACUUGGGAUUUCCAGGUCGAAUAAGAGAAAGUAAUACAGUUCAUGAAUAUUUUGUUUU